GAAAGAUGAAGAUCUAGAGAAUUUGCCCGCCGACGUAACGCAGAAAAAAACAUCAUGCGCUCUGCUCACAAAAGCGCUGGGGAAGUGCUGCGGGAGCGCUUCCGCGUGCUCGGACUGGACACCUUUUCGAAAAAGCCCGCGAUGUCCUCGCGCUCGCAGGAAGAGAAGGGCGCCAGUUCCAGCAAGGAAUCUGAAGUGCCUCGCUCGCCGCAGGAUCUGCAAGAACACCGGUCACAACAAAUUACGGACGGAGACGAGCCAAACGCAGCACUCCCGCCCAGGCCCGCGGCCGGGCCAACUCCAGCAGAGUUGGACGACGCGAUCAAUUUUGUGAAGCAGAUUCGCGACAAAGGUUUCUACUUUCCGAAUAGUAUGAAAGCGCAAGAAAAUAAAGGCACGUCGACGCAUCAAGGAGGGAAAGUACCAGGAAAUAACACCAACGAAGAACCCUACGACCUUCACGAUCGGGCCCCGCAGCUGCCGCCUCCCCGCAGCCGUACCCGAAGUCAAGACACCGCCAGUUCGAGAUCACGGCUCGAGCAAGGAGGACCAGAGAGCCACGGGAAUUAUAAAGACCUGCGCAGUUGUUUCCAGCCGCACGAAAGGGGUCCAUAUUUCGUGCAUCCGGACGUCCGCGAUAAUCCGAACAAGCCCGUUAUUCCCUGGGCACCGCCGAGCAAGGGUGGCCAGCUCUUGAACAAUGGCGCGACCAGCUACAGCAGUCUUGUUGCAGGGGGGACGAGUUCAUCGCCCUCCGCGAACAAGCGGCUGCGCAGAGCAGAUCACAUGCAGCAUUCUUUCCCGCAACGGAACAUCAACCCGGCACAGCUACAGGAGCACUCCUCCGCGCCACAACUGCACUACAGUCGCAAGCAGGCAACUGCUGUGGGUUUCAACAACCAAACCCCGCUUCACAUCCCUCCGAACUCCACCCGGGCACGCGCCCGGCAACGCGCCGCGUCUGCGGUCUACCGCGGGAAAAACGUCGCGAGAAAUCCAAAACCGCUGUACUACUACACAGAGCAGGAUCCGAACUCUUUGUCCACCGACACCAUUCUCCCCUCGCAGCAGUACAACCCGCCCAACCCGGGGAACCGACCGGUAACGCUGGAUCAACACGAGGAGUUCGCUUCGAAUGUGCGCGACAAUCUGACGCAGCUGGAAACGCAGCUGACCGGGGAGGUGAUGAACGAAGUAGAGAAGCUGAAGGUCGGCAUAACCAACACGAACGUCGAGGCGGAGAAAAAUUUCGAAAAGUGCUUUGCCGCCUGCAAUAUCAAAUGCAAAAAUGUCUGGGUCUGGAAGAUUGCGAGAUUUGUCAUGCUUGUCUGGCAUGACCAAAAAGUUUGUGAUGCGUGUCCAAGAAGAGACCCUUUUGCCUGUCAUGCAAAAACGCAGUUUGUCAUGCGAAAAACGCAACACAAAGAAGCGCAGGCAUUUCUCAUGCUUGCCUAUGCAUUACAGAGCUUUCACUAUUCCCGACGCAGCAUUACAAGUUUCCAGACCCAGACAUUUUUGCAAUCCAUAUGCAACGCAGUGCAGGAGGUAUUGCAGCUCCAGGAGGACAACUGGCUCACGGAACUGGAAAGAGACAGGCGGAACGUGAGUGACAAAGUCCAAGGGAAGUUGCAGGAAAUCACGACCAGUGUGGCGGAAAAGAUGGGCAAUCUCGCCGACCGCGUUAUGGAGGUCCGGGAGGAUCUGGGUGUCUACAAGGAACAGUGCGAAGACCUGGUGCUGGGUAUGGGUUGUGAAAACUACAGCGGAAUUCUACAUCGCUUUUACGGCAAAAUUAUUGCUCCCGAUGUUGAGCUCUUCUCGUGGUGCUAUCAUGCUUGUCUGGACUCGUAUCAGCAGCAAGAUGCAGAAUAUACAACUUGAGCGAGAAUUUUUGACAAGUGUCUUGAUUAAGGGCAGCGGUGGAGCAGGUAGCUAGUUUUUACGAAGCAUAUCGGAGGAAAGGGAGAGGAGAAACGCAGACGUGAAGAAGCUGGAGGGCGAAGUUGCAAAAUGGAAGAAGGAUGCGGUACAUUGCUUUUCGUUUAUUGCACUGCAGCUUUCAUAGCACUACCAGCCAUCACAACGCAGUGGUGCCAUGCGUGUCUAUGCAACACAGACUUCAUCAUCUCCUACAAACAUAACGCCACCUACACCAGACUACUCGCGAGGCCGAAGUCCGGGAGCUGUGGGGCGUGUGCCGCACAUUGGAAAAGUCAAUUACCGAUUUGAAAACCGAGACGCAGCAGAACCUGGUGGAAUUUGCGACCAAACUGGAAGUGCAUUUGCUCACCAAGCAAGAGCAAAGUCAAGAAACGUUCUCAAAAAGCGUCUGGAAUUUGCUGCGAAAGUACUGAGCGCUUUGUUAUGUUUGGGCUAUUUAGUUAGUACUACGCAUGUUGACACUCUGACCUUCCCGAGAGUUGUGAGUCGUCAAAAUGUAAUCCUCAGGUACGAGAACAUGCUAGUUCAGCAGCAACACAAGAUGUUGGAUUUCAAGCGAUCCCGGCUCGCCGAGAUGGACCGGCGGUUUCUGCAGUUGGAGCGCGCUAUGUUCGAUCAGAGGUUUCAGCAGGAGCAUUUCCAAAACGAAACUCGGGAAAGUAACCAAAACUUUUCCAUCACGACGAACCGGAGCCCCCGUGCGGAUGGUGGAAAUACCAGUAUACUCUCGUCCGCGGCUAGAAGACAGAACGAGUCCUCGUCCCCCUACCUGGUUCCAGACAAGGACGCGGCUAUCCCGCCACCGUGGACGCGGACCUACGAUCGCAGCAUCGAUCUGAAUCGGACCAUUGGCAGCCGAAUAGGCACGAUGAACUCGAGUAGUCGAAUAUCAAAAUGAAAAAUCCCCCCUCCCCAUAUCAAAACGGAAAUUUGUGAAUGCUGAUUUGUGACCACAAAUCAGCUUUGUAUUGCAGAGAGGCACUGCGGCCAGAUCCCCAGGCUAGGUAGGGGCGUAUGGGUCUAGUAGUUCAGCAUGGCAAACGGCCCCCCUUUAGGCCCAACAGCAUGACAAACCGCUUCCAUAAUGGGGCGGAAGCUUCUGCCCUUGUCUUCUUGCAAGACAGACGUGAUUUGUGACCUCAAAUCCGCAACACAAAUUUUUGGAAACAUACCUUUUCAAUAUGGGGAGGGGGGAUUUUUCCUCUCAAUAUCGAAUCGCGUCCCCCCGCGGACGGUACGAGCAGCAAGGGUUGAGCAGGAGUGGCGGCAUAGGGGGUGCUGGAACAGUGACGUCUUCGCUGCGGACGAAUAUGAAUUCGACGGUCGGCAUAACGGAGAAGGGCUCGCGGUACGACGCCACUUCGUCGCUCUUCUAUCCAGAAGGAGAGUCGCGGCGAGGCUCGAGGGAAAGAAGUGCAAGGGAACUUGUAAGGUGAUGGGAAGCCGGGGGCGGGAACGCGGAUUCCUAUGUUCUGUACGGUCACGAUUGCCAUUCAAUCACUAUAACUUCUGCUACAAAGAUGCGUGGCCUGCUCGCUGUGUACGAUGAUUUAACGAAAAAGCAAAAAUGAAAGACCAACCGCAAGAUAGACGAGAAGAAUGAAUUUUGUUUCAAAUCAAGUUGCUUACAACGCUUAU